CAACUUUUACAAGUGACAGGAACAGAUUGCCUCACACAGGCACACCCACACUGUUUCGUAUAUACAUGAUAAGCAAUCAGAAACACCUGCUUUUUACUAGAUCAAAAGGGAAAAUAAUCUCACGGCUCUCUUUUCUUCUCUUCUUCCUCUCUCUUCUUUACACUUUUCUUUGACAAACACUGCCCUUCACACUUUUUUUUUGCCUCUAUUUUCUAGCCCUUUUGUAUCUACGUCAUGGCAGAAAACAAGUCGUUCGACGCUAACUACGUCGAAGAAGCUGGUGGCAAGCGUAGUGGCGGCAUGGGCUUCUUAGAACAAUUCCAAUUGCGUUAUGCUAAAGUUGAUCCAGCAAGCUACUUGCGUCGUCCUGAUGAAACCGGAGUUCAGUACUGGGGUCGCCGCCUUGGCACUUUGAAACCUGUCGAGCUUUUGCAUGCUGAAUACGGUAAUACUGAGCUGCGACAAUACUUGAAUUGGUGGCAACUCGUUUUCAUUGGUAUUGGUGCCAUUAUCGGAACAGGUAUCUUUGUCCUUUCUGGCCAAGCUGCUGCUCAAAAUGCGGGUCCGGCUGUUACUGUUUCUUUCAUCGUCGCCGCUUUUGCAUCAUGUUUCGCCGCAAUGAGUUACUCUGAGCUGGCCUCUAUGAUUCCAGUGUCUGGUUCGGCUUAUACUUACGCAUACGCAACCAUGGGCGAGUUUGUAGCCUGGAUUCUUGGCUGGGACUUGAUCUUGGAAUACAUGGUCGGAGCUGCCACUGUUGGUGUUGGCUGGUCCGGUUAUUUUAAGAAAUUCUUUGGAUUGUUCGGCAUUGUCUUUGCUGACAGCUGGACUGAACCAACCGUCAUUUGGGAUGAAAACCCUGCUCGAAUUUAUUAUGAAGAGGGCCACGCUUUCAAUGUUCCUGGCUUUGUUGUUAUCAUGCUCAUCACAAUUGUCCUUUGCGUUGGUAUCCGACAAUCCUCUUGGGUCAAUUCCGUCAUUGUCAUCAUCAAGCUUAUUGUUGUCGUCCUGUUCAUCUUUGCCAUGUGCGGCUUUGUUGACCGAUCCAAUUAUGAUCCCUAUGUACCGCCCAACACAUCUGGCGACUGGCAUUACUUUGGUGCUCCGGGUAUCUUUGCGGCAGCAUCAACUGUAUUCUUUGCCUACAUUGGUUUUGACUCUGUUACCACCGCCGCCAUGGAAGCCAAGAAUCCCAAGCGAGAUUUGCCCAUCGGUAUCAUUGGCUCGCUUGUUGUAACCACUGUCCUUUACAUCGCUUUUUGUACUGUCAUGACUGGUGCCGCUCCUUACACUGAGCUCAACACUGCCACACCCGUUAUUACUGCCAUUGAGGCUGUUGAGGCACGUACCGGUCGAAGCUGGCUUUGGCUCAAGAUUAUAACUAUCAUUGGUGCCUUGGCAGGUCUGAGCUCUGUCAUUUUGAUCAUGUUGCUCGGUCAAACGCGUGUCUUUUACUCGAUGGCAAAAGACGGACUGUUCCCUCAAGUAUUUGCCAAAGUACAUCCUCGCUUCAAGACUCCCUAUAUUGCCACUAUUACUGUCGGUUCCAUUACAGCUCUCUUGUCAGCUGUUCUUCCUGUCGAUUUGCUCGGUAACAUGACCUCGGUCGGUACUCUCUUGGCUUUCUUUAUUGUUCACGCUGGUGUAAUUGUCCUCCGUUUCACUCGUCCCGAUGUGGAGCGUUGGUUCAAGAUCCCCGGUGGCAAAUACUUCUUUAUCGUAUUUCCAAUUCUUGGUAUGGUCAUUUGCGUCCUCUUGAUUGCUGUAGCUGAAGUUACUACCAUUUGGCGUCUGUUUGUUUGGAUGGGUGUUGGAUGGGUCAUUUACUUUGCAUAUGGUGUUCGCCAUGCCAAAUUGCAUCGUGAUCCGAUCGGUCGCUUUGCUGAAGUACAUGCUCAUGCUGAUACGUCCAAGGAAGAAGUUUAUCCAGUUCAAGAUUACGACUAUCAGCACGACCGCAGCUAGAGAUAUAUACCUCUCGACUCACACCACUUUUAAAACCAACAAUCUCCUUAUAAUACUCAAACAAAAACAUGUAACGUCUAAUAUGUACUAUCAUCUAUUCUUAUAUGUACCAAAAUAUAUAUUAUUUACAAGGUGUCAUUCCUAUUAAUCUAGUGAUCUUGAGAAUAAGGUAAUGU